GAGCGUCAGCGCGAAUAUCUGAAUAGCGCAGAAGCAGGGUGCCUUGAGCGCGAAGGUGCAGACGAACUACGCACAGUAAACAUACAGCAUGGCGGGCAUGGAGAACAUCGAGGUGCACAGCAAGUCGUAUCUUGUCCGCUGGGUCAACGUCUCUGCGGGCCACACCAUCUCGUGGAGCAUCCAGCCACACAAGAAGUCGCUCAACUUUGGCAUCUUCAAGCACCCCGGCAAUGCAACCGGCGCCGCCCCGAAUCUGCCCUUGGGCUCGACGCUCGAUAACGGCCCGUCUACGCCCGGACUAGAGGCGCCGGUAGGCCACACACGCGCGCGCGGCGCGUCGACAUCGCGCAAUGACAGGACAUUUGUGCUGGAGAAGCUGUCGGCCAUUGGGCUGAAGCAGGUGCAUUGGCAGGGGAAAUGCGAGGCCGACAUGGUGUCUAUGGGGACUUACGACGUGCCGCAUGGUGAGGGCGGCAUGUAUGGCCUGGUCUUCGACAACACCUUUUCGAAGACGGUAUCGAAGACGGCAACCUUCGUUCUCAUGACGUACCCUACGAAUGCGCCGCCCAAGUCAGGCCACCACAUGCACUACGCCCAGGCAAAGGCAGGAGCUAGCUCCACCAGCCUCGCGAGGUCGAGCCCCUCCAUGGGCCCCGUCGAGUCCUCCGAGUCACUGCCUCAACAGCUCGCCGAGCGACCGCGCUCUAUGCACGAGAAGCCGAGGCAAGCCACCAUAUCCAGCUCCUCGUUCAUGACAGGCGUACUGCUGAAGAAGAGGAGGAAGAAGAACCAGGGACAUGCCAGGCGCUUCUUCUCGCUCGACUUCACCACCUCGACCCUCUCGUACUACCGCAACAACCACUCGUCAGCCCUGCGCGGAGCCAUUCCACUUUCGCUCGCCGCCAUUGGUGCGAAUGGGGAGACAAAGGAGAUCUCAGUGGAUUCUGGCGCCGAGAUCUGGCAUUUGAAAGCGAAUAAUGCGGCAGACUUUGUCAAGUGGAGGGACGCCCUCGAUAGGGCUUCACAAUCAGCUGUCGCUACGGCCUCGCCCACCCUGCAGAUCAAGGACAGUCCUUUCCAGCCCUCCGCAUCCACACACAGCGCGGUAGAAGAUAACGAAUGGGCUAGAGUCGAGGCACUGGUGGGCAGAGUUGCUGGCUCCAGAGAUGCCGUCCGAAGACUGGCCCAGGAUACAGACCCCAAGUAUGGCACUUCCUCGGCUAUCUCAUCAGGAGCAUCGACGAGCAAGCUGAUCGAGAGCUUAUCCCCUGCGCCCUCAGAGGAGUCCAGCGACUAUUUUCCUACUGUGGGCGAACCAGAGCGUAAGGCGUUCUGGAAGCGCAAAGCCAGCAGCUCGGGCCAAAGUCCCUCUAGCAUGUUCAGGAGAAGUGUAUCUGCACAAGUAGGUGCAGCUUCACCUGGCGCCAUACCUCCCGUGCCUCCUCUACCGGCGAACAUCAAUGGCGCUCUUGCAGUACCCAAGCACAACAGUCGUGCGAACAACAGCUCUUCAUCACAGGAAGAGAGCAUUCACGACCACUGCAUGGCUUUGCUGCAAGAUCUGGACUCUGUUGUGAAAGAAUUCUCGCAUCUGAUCAACCAGAGCAAAGAAAGGCGAAAACCCGCGCCUCUCUCUGCAGCGCUCUCCCGCCACAGCAUUGACUCGCAGGGCUCGAAUGACGAGUUCUUCGACGCAGAGGGUGGCGAUGGAUCAAAGUCGAAUCUGCUUGCCAUCAGGAGGGACAGCCAGGAGGUUGAGCAGAGGCAAGACGACGAAAGCUCAAAUGAUGGGUCGGAGUCAUCGUCAGAGCAUGAGGCAGCUGGCGUAAUUGACCGAGCACGCUUCUCGAUGGACCAGGCGCCCUCUCUUUUCCCCACAAAACCAGUCUCACUUGCUCCGCUCCCUCUGGAUCCUGUCAAGCGCAGAAAUAUCAUCCAAGCACCGAAAGUGCAACCGCCCAGUCUGAUCGCGUUCCUGCGGAAGAAUGUCGGCAAGGAUCUGUCUACCAUUGCUAUGCCUGUGUCGUCCAACGAGCCUACAUCGGCCCUGCAACGACUAGCUGAGCAGCUUGAGUACAGCGAGCUCCUUGACGCUGCUGCUGUAGCUCCCUCUGAGACUGGCGAACGCCUCGUCUAUGUGGCCGCGUUCGCCAUCUCAGCCUUCAGCAGCAAUCGUGUGAAAGAGCGCGCAAUUCGCAAGCCCUUCAAUCCCAUGCUCGGUGAGACUUACGAAUUGGUCCGCGAAGACAAAGGCUACCGCUUCAUCGCGGAGAAGGUCGUCCACCGCCCUGUCCGCAUGGCCUGCCAAGCCGAAGCCAAAGAUUGGACAUUGAUCCAAUCACCCACCCCCGUGCAGAAAUUCUGGGGCAAAAGCGCCGAACUCAACACCGACGGCCGCGUCCGCAUCUUCCUACACAACAGCGCCGAACACUACUCCUGGAGCAUCGCAACCUCGUACCUGCGCAACGUCAUCGCAGGCGAAAAGUACGUCGAGCCGACCGGCACCAUGACCAUCAUCAGCGAAACCACCGGCGCGAAGGCAGUCUGCACAUUCAAAGCCGGCGGCAUGUUUGCCGGCCGCUCAGAGGACGUCAGCGUGCAGGUCUUCGAUAGCACGGGCUCUGUGCUGCCCAUGGGCGCGGUGGGGAAGUGGACGACGGAUCUGCAGUUCACAUCCAACGGCCAGCCGAGCGGCAAGACUGUGUGGAAGGCUGGGCCGCUGGUCGAGAAGCCAGAGAAACACUACGGGUUUACGUCUUUUGCUGCGGCGCUGAAUCAGAUCACGCCCAUUGAGGACAGCCAUAUUCCUGUCACCGACUCGCGCCUCAGACCUGAUCAGAGAGCUUGGGAGGAGGGCGAUCUGGAUAAGGCCGAGGCGCUGAAGGCGAGGCUUGAAGAGAGACAGAGAGCGAGGAGACGCGUCAUGGAGGAGCAUGGUGAGGAGUGGAAGCCGAAGUGGUUCACGAAGGCGGGAGCUGAGGAUGCGGCGGCGUUGGGCGACGAGGAAGUGUGGAGACUGAAAAGCGGGAAGGACGGGUAUUGGGAGAGCAGAGAGGCGGCGAAGUGGGACGGUGUUGUUGAUGUGUUCCAGCACUGAGGAGGCUUGUUGUGUGGAGGUUCAAAUGUUGGACGCAUACGCCACUAGACGAAUCGAUUACAUGCAUCGAUACGAGCCGACCUAUCGCAAGUGAUUGACUGUGUUUGUGGCAUGCGAACCAUCAAUUUCUCAUCGAGCCUCGCUUUCGGCCGCUCUAUCACAACGUUUCUCCCUCAAGCGAUCGAAAAAGGUCUCGGAUUGCUCUCAUGUCUCCUCCAGCAUUCUCCCUCUACUCCACCCUUCAGAGAAAAGGCAACUAGAACUUAUGUGCCUGCUCCUGCCUGAAAGCCUAUGAGGUUGAAACCAUAAGGCGGUGCAUUAUAUAUCCCUCCGAAGAAAACUAAAAAUUUAUCACGUCAACCUUCUUUUCUCGCGCUCGCUUCAUCAUCGCUAGGAAGAGUAGGGAAG